AUGACUAAGGGGAAGCAGGAUGUUUUUGCCUUGGACGAUUCCUUCGAAGAGCAAGGCCCGACGCUAACCUUCAGCAACUUGCACUACUGCGUCCAGGAGAGCAGAUGGUGUCAAAAGAAAUGUCCAGAAAAGUACAUCCUCAAGGAUGUCAGUGGCAUCAUGAGGCCCGGGAUGAACGCUAUCAUGGGCGCCACGGGAAGCGGUAAAACAUCCCUCCUGGACGUCAUCUCUGGGAGAAAAGAUCCAGCCGGCCUCCGCCAAGGAAGUGUCUUGGUGGAUGGCAAGGUUGUGACCUCCGAACUCAGGCUCAGUUCUGCGUAUGUGGUUCAGGAUGACAUCCUGAUGGGAACGCUGACCGUGAAGGAGAACCUCCGCUUCAGCGCCAACCUGCGUCUGGACCCGCGACGCCACUCGCCCGUGGAGAAACGCGAACGAGUGAGCGCCAUCCUUGACGAGCUGGGCCUGAAUGACUGCGCAAACACCAAGAUCGGGACUGAGUUUCUACGCGGCGUGUCAGGCGGAGAGAGGAAGCGCUGCAGCAUCGGGAUGGAACUCAUCACCUCGCCUGCUCUCCUCUUCCUGGACGAGCCCACCACAGGCCUGGACUCCAACACGGCCAAUUGCAUUAUUGGCCUACUUCACAAACUGUCCAGGCGAGGCAAGACAAUCAUCUUCUCCAUCCACCAGCCUCGCUUCUCCAUCUUCAGACGCUUUGACCACCUGACGCUGAUGCACAAAGGCGAGGUGGUGUACGCUGGGGCAGCGCACCGCGCCCUCGAGUACUUCACAGACCUCGGCUUCCACAUCGAGUCCUUUGACAACCCUGCGGACUUCUUCAUGGACAUUACCAACGGAGAGGCUAAGUCUACCCAAGGAGAAAUUAAUACAAGUGAGAGCAAGAACCUCCUGGCAGUCAAGUAUUAUCAGUCGCAGCUGUGCCAGGACAUGUUGCACGAGCUUGAGUCCAUCAACUGCAGCGUCGCAGAAGGGAUCAAAGCUCAGGAAAAAGUGGCCGAUUACGCCACGUCCUUCCUCUACCAGAUGCGAGUGGUGUGUGGCAGGACCGUGCUGAACACACUGAGGAACCCGCAUACGUCAUACGCUCAGCUGGCUCUCAACAUUUUCUUUGCUGUCCUCGUGGGCCUUAUUUAUUUCCAAAUGCCCUUAACCCUGCCUGAAGCCUUGCAGAACAGGAGCGGCGCGUUCUUCUUUCUCAUCAUCAACAUGGUCUUUGGGAAUCUCUCCGCAGUGGAGCUAUUCAUCAACGAGAGGGCCAUUUUCAUCCAUGAAAACUCCAGCGGCUACUACCGCACGUCCGUGUACUUCCUGUCCAAGAUCUUCGCCGACCUCAUUCCCAACCGCAUUGUUCCCAUCUUUGUCUUUUCGGCCAUCGCCUACUACAUGAUGGGACUUAAGUCGGCCUUGUCGGCCUUCUUGUGCUUCGUGUUGACUAUGUCCCUGGUCAGCCUGGCAGGAGUCAGCUUGGCCUUCCUGGUCUCAGCCAGCGUGUCGUCCUUCGCUAUGGCCAACAUCCUCAUUGCGCUCCCCUUCGUCUUCAUGAUGGUCUUUGGCGGCUACCUGGUCAAUCUCAACGCCAUGCUGAGUUGGCUCUCUUGGCUCAAGUGGAUCAGCAUCUUCAGAUAUGGACUCAAUGCUGCAUUCAUCAAUGAGAUGGCGGGACAGUUAUUCUACACAAACAACACCAUUGUCCCGGGCGAGCUGUUCCUCCAGAGCCAGGACAUCGACUACUCCACGUGGGGUUUCUGGCAGAACCAGGUUGCCCUUCUGGGGAUCAUAGUGGCCUGUAUGCUCCUCGCCUACGUUCAGCUGCGCAGGAUCAACCGAUGGAAGUGACACAAGAGGGCCGGAGUGAAAAUUGUAUUUUUAGAGUCCUCAAAACCCACUCAGCAAAGUACCAUGGGAAGUUGUAAAAAAAUGUUCUCCUGAGACCAGUUUCAACCAUUAACAGGAAGCUGGAUGGACAUAUUUAUAAUAACAGGACACACAAAAAAGUCUCAAAGACACUUGUCUGAAUUUAAACAAAAACAACCAUUUGGGGUGAUAGACGAACUCCUAAGGAAUUUGUUCAAAUGAGUCCCAAUUGGAACCAGGUAGACUACACAGAUGGGCAAUGCUAAAUUGCAAAACUUAUUUUGCUUACGCCAUCUAAUGUGGUCUGAGCAUCGUGUAGCUCGAAUUCUUAUUUACUGUGUUUCACCAUCCAAUGAGAUCCUAUGCAGUAGCCACUCUGUAAAUACUGUUUCUGUAGUGGAUGAAAUGAUUCCUUAUUGUUUAAUGAAUGAGCUCCUUUAAUAUCCUGACCACACGUGUUGCAACAUUUGACUGCGAGGCGGAUAAUCUACAACCUGAAGUACACCGAGUCCGGGCACCAGGGACGCGAGUGCGCAGUAAUCCAAUGUCUAAGACCUUACAAAGCUUCUUAUCGUGACAGAAGCCACAUUAGCGGCCAUAACAAGACACCUGGAAGACGUUUUAUCGAGUAGUCCAGGCCUCCAGGCUACAAAAACAAACAAAACAAAAACUAAUUGCAAUGUUUUAGGUUUACCAGGUAAUUUGUAAAAUCCAUGAAUUGGGCUGCGAUGAAUGCCAGUCAAAUGGAAAUGUUUUAUUUAUUAUUAGCAUGUAUGCUGUUGUUGCGUUACGAUUGUUUUAUGGACAUCUAUAACAAUUCAAUCACAGCACAAUGAAAGGAAUUAAAAAACAUAGCUGAUGGGAAAAGAAUGAUUGAAGAUGCAUCAUUGUUGUCCAAUGAAAGGCAUCUAAAUGAAAACUUUCUCGUUUGCAUUCAAAUCACAUAUGCACAGUAAAAAAUAUGAACACAAAGAAAACAAAUAUCGCUGAAAUCUUUUCCACUUCUGAAUCUGAAUACUGUGCUACAAUUUUUUGAAUUGCUCUGACGAUAAGAUGUUCAUAGCGCAGCAAACAUCCAUCCAUUAGCUGAGGCGCUUAUCCUCACAAGGGUCUCAGGAGUGCAGUAGCCUAUCAGCUAUCGGACAGAGUACACCCUGAACUGGUUGCCAGCCAAUCUCAGGGCACAUAGAGACAGACAACAGUUCCACUCGCAAUCACACGAAGGGCUAAUUUACAAUCUCUGAAUAAUGCAUAUUUUGGGCAUGUGGGAGGAAACCGGAGUACCCGGAGAAAAGCCAUGCAGGCAAGGUGAGAACAUGGAAACUCCACAUUGGAGGGAGCCGGGAUUUGAACCCCAGUCUUCAGAAGUGUGAGGCAGAUGCUCUAACCAGAUGCUCCACCGUUCCACCUCAACAAACAUAACUUUCUCUUUUUUUUUUUUUUUUUUUUUUUAAGGUUUUGGAGUUAAGAGGUUUCUGCCCAACUCAAGUAAUACAUUUUGUAAAAUGUGAAAUCAUGUUGCAAUAAUAAUUCCAUUUAUGGGCAAUUGUAGGAUACAAGUUUUGGGGUUGCUAACCUCCCAGCAAGUCAAUGUAAAUGUCAUUCUUGGUGAUUAAAACAAGUCACAAAAUAUGGUCAGCGACAACAUCCUUAC